UCACUUUUAGUUAUUUUAGCGGCUGAGAGGAAAGCUGUGUCAAGACUUGCAGCAGAAGUGCUAACUUCAUUUAAAGCUCGGGACUACAAAGUGAUCGAGAUUGAGCAAUCAAAGUGUCAGCUCAGCAAUGGCUUCGGGUUUGUCUCAUCACAUCCGCUGUCCUGUGUGUUUGAAUGAUUUAAAAGAACCAGUGUGUCUUCCAUGUGAGCACUUCUACUGUAGAGCAUGUAUUAACGAAUACAUGACUAGAAAUGCUGCUGACACCAGAUGUCCAGAAUGCCGUAGACCUUUUGGUCAGAAUGAUAUUAGAGUAAAUCGAGUUUUAACAAACUUGGUGAAUGCGGCCAAAGACCAUCUGAGGGAACACCAAGCCUUGGUAGACAGGGUGACGUCUGCUUCCAAACGGACCGCGACCAUCAACCGAGGCUUCACAGAAUACUGUUCAGCCCACAAUGAAAAGCUCAAGCUUUUCUGUGUGACGGAUCAGAAACUAAUCUGUGUUAUCUGCAAAGAGGAAAAGACACAUCGGGGACAUAGUUUCAAUACUUUGGAUGCUGCAUUCUAUGACAAGAAGAAAAAGGUAACAGAAACUCUGGAAAAUUUGCUCAGCGAAGAAAACAUACUGGUCGAUUUGAUUAAUGAGCAAGCUGAAGAGAUUCUGAAAACAAUGGGGAAAUCCAAUUCAUUAACAAACCAGAUCUCUAACCAGUUUAUAAAGCUGCACCAGUUCCUGGAUGCCAAAGAGAAGGAGGUGAAGAAAAAGCUAGAGGAAGAGGAAAAUCAAAUCUUGAACAUAAUGGGUAUAAACAUGUUUACAAUGGAAGAAAUGUUGUCAGAUAGAGCAGAAAAACAAGGAAUGAUGAGGUCAGCUUUAGAGAUGAAUCAACCUAACCGGUUCCUACAGUGGUGGAAUGAGACCGGACGCUUUACAGUUCGGGAAGUAUUCACAAGCAGUUCAACGCAUCUGGCCCUGGAGGAUCUUAGUGUUGUGCCUGACAACCUGUUUCUUGGUCCCUAUGAGAAUUACCUGCAGUUCUUUGUGUGGAAAGAGAUGUUGAGAUUCAUCCAGCUAGUGCCUCAUCACCCCACUGUGGAAGACAGAGGCGAUCAAAGCAUCAGCAUCUCUCCCAGUGGACUCUGUAUUCAGCCAAAGAAGGUUACAAAGAUCCAGAAAAACAAACCCAACUCACUAUGGCUAAAAACAGCAUCAUUAUUUAACACAGGGCAACACUACUGGGAGUUGGAUGUGGGGAAGAAAUUGGACUGGGGUGUUGGAGUUUGUAGCUGUGAAUCGGGUAAUGUUGUCAAUGACACAGUGCUUUGCUUCAACUCAGAUACUGGCUACCACAUACAACAGACCCACGACACGGACAAAAGCACAAUAGAUCUUACAACACAGUUUAGGAAGAUAGGGGUUUACCUGGACUGUGAGAAAAAUCUGAUAUCAUUCUAUAAUGCUGACAAAAUGAUUCUCAUUGAAACUAGAGUCUUGUCAAAACCACAACCCCAUACUCUAUGUCUCUCCCCUGGGCUUUACUUAGAUGGGAAGAACAUCGAUCCACUCACUAUAUGUUGGUAUUAAGACCAAGAUCAUACCUAAUUAUGCAAGUUUGAAUAUUUGAAAUAAAUGUAGGGUUUAAAUCUUCUUGGUUAAGGGUGCAGUUCAUUUUCUGACAAUAAAAAAAGUUUAUAUUCAUGCACUAAUGCAUUUUAAUACAAGCGUGUUUCUACUAAAAUCUUCACAAGGACAUUCUGUGUAAAAACGAAUAUAGUUGACUAAUGAAUACAUUCACUGCAAAAAACAAUCAAAUGCAUUUCCUUUUAUUUUCCUUGUUAUUUCCGUUAGGAUUUCCUUUCAUGAGAUUCAUAUAACUCAAACAAGAUUAUG